UAAAAAGAGUAGUUUUAAAACUUAGGAUUCUGGGUGCGUAAAUCCAGUGAGUUGUGUCGCACUUUUCAUAGUGAAGCGCUCCUCUUCUUCUUUACUGGCGUGCGACAAAGCGAAGGAGGAAUCGGCUUCCUGGGUAUCGAAGAAAAAGUUAGAAAUCAGAAUGUGGGAUUUGAAGAGGAAGGGUUUCUUAUGCGGACAAACAUAGUUCAGGACUUCGGCUCAAGAUGGAGAACGAUCCAUCAAAGAAAAUGUCCAGAUAUCUGAAACGAGAAGUCCUUGGUGAAGGUACUUAUGGAGUCGUUUAUAAAGCAAUUGAUACUGAGACGGGACAGACAAUGGCAAUUAAGAAAAUUCGUCUUGGAAGGCAAAAGGAAGGGAUAAAUUUUACAGCACUUAGAGAGAUCAAACUGCUAAAAGAGCUCAAGGAUCCAAAUAUAAUUCAGUUGAGUGAUGCAUUCCCCCACAAAGGAAACUUACAUCUUGUGUUUGAGUUCAUGGAGACAGACCUUGAAGCUGUUAUACGUGACCGGAAUAUAUUCCUAUCACCAGCUGACAUAAAAUCAUACCUUCAGAUGACAUUAAAAGGACUUGCUUACUGCCACAAAAAAUGGGUAUUGCAUAGGGACAUGAAGCCCAACAAUCUCUUAAUAGGAUCUAAUGGACAACUUAAGCUUGCAGAUUUUGGUUUAGCACGAAUCUUUGGAAGCCCAGAUCGGAGGUUCACUCAUCAGGUCUUUGCUCGAUGGUAUAGAGCACCUGAGCUAUUGUUUGGUGCCAAGCAAUAUGGUUCUGGUGUGGAUGUUUGGGCUGCAGCUUGUAUUUUUGCUGAACUUCUCCUACGUCGACCUUUUCUUCAGGGAUCAAGUGAUAUUGAUCAACUAGGAAAGAUAUUUGCUGCUUUUGGGACUCCAACAGCUUCCCAGUGGCCUGAUAUGGUGUACCUUCCUGACUAUGUGGAAUACCAAUAUGUUCCUGCACCCCCUUUACGUUCAUUGUUCCCAAUGGCUAGUGAUGAUGCUAUUGACCUGUUAGCAAAAAUGUUUACUUAUGAUCCAAAGUCUAGGAUAUCCGUUGUGCAGGCGUUAGAGCACAGGUACUUUUCAUCUGCGCCUUUGCCUACAGAUCCACCAAAGCUUCCUAGACCCGCUCCUAAAUCUAAAGCUUCAGAUUCUAAUGCACGCGAAGGUCCAACUGUAUUGUCACCUCCAAGAAAGUCAAGGAGAGUGAUGCCAGAUCGUGAGGUUUCUGAAGGACUUACAUAUCAAGGUGAUAAAAAUGAUGAUCAUGGUGGUGAAAUCAGACAGGCAAUUGGCGAGAAUACAAGUAGGAAUGAACCAGUGCCAAUGUCAAUGGAUUUCUCAAUUUUUGGAGCAAAACCACCAAAUAGGCCUACAAUUAAUAGUGCUGAUAGAACGCACCUGAAAAGGAAGCUGGAUCUUGAGUUCCAACACCCAGAAUAAAAGCUCCAUGUGCUGAGAUCAUUUGUUUAUGAGGAUGUAAUAUUGUUGGGCUCAUGAUGAUGCGGCACCCUUGAAAUGUUUCAAGUUUGUCAUAAAUCCGCCAGUUUUCGACAAUGUCACUUUUUCCUUAUAUGGGUAUGAAAUCUUUCAUUGGUUUUUUUUCCAUUUAUGGAGAUGAGAAGGGAUGGAGAAAUAUCUGAUAAAUUGAAGACAACAGCAAUACAUAUGUUGUAACAUUUUGCAUGGUGAAACAGAGAAAUUUAUACAAAAAGCUUAUUGAAGAACGGAGUUUUUGAUGGUUCUA